GUCCAGACAAAUCAAUCUGUUUGGCGCACCGAAAGCCCCGAGAGAUUUUCUGUUGAUACUCCUGAGACCCCGACAGCCAAAGCCUCUUGUUGUCUUUAUUUUGGUGUGAUCUUGGCCAAAGCGCCGUUGAGGUGGGUGCACAACGGUUGGCCCAAAGCUGGAACAGCUCCAGCAGAGAGGUGGGUUUCAGGGGCUGUGCUCCAGGUCGUCCACCACCGUCCACCACUCGCGAUGCUCUAAUAAAUAUCCUCCUACAUACAUUGCCACACGCCGUCUGCUUUUUUCGUUGGAAAAGCGCCGCUUGCCUCUCUGUUUAGCACACACAACCUGUCAGAGCCGGUCUUGCUGCCACCGUGGGCAUCAGAACGCAGAUUUCCCCGGACCAGCCGUCUUUGGCGCCAGGAUACCCUUUCGAGAAGGCCAUCCCGCCUUCUUCUGACUUGUGUUUCAGAUGUCCCUCGCGCAUUGCGUCCGGCGGCAUCAUCAUAUAAAGCGCAGAUGCUUGUGCUCCGUCCGAUGUGGAAGACAUAUACGGCAUAGUGGUAGGAUAAUCCCCAUAUUCCGCAUGAGGCCACCUUCCUUUCCAGCCCUACAGCUCCGGGUUGUCGAUAAGAGGGUACGGGUUAUGAUAUUGAACUUCAAGGAGCACCCUGCCAGCAAGCAGGCAAGCAUGAACGUUUCAACAGGCCAUCUGGAAAACGGCCAGGCCCAACGCAAACCAAGUUGAAGCUCCAACCCCACAUUCUGGAUCGCAUUCAUUUACACCCGAACGGGAAAUAGCCAAGCAAAUGAUUUGAGCUUCUCGGGAACCAACCGCGGGGCAAUAUCAAGAUCCACGGUUUCUAGCUCCGAUCCCGGCUGCCGAAAGAACGCAAUCCGAGCCUUUUCAGCCCGCGGCCAAUAAUUUCGCCCGUGGCUUGCCCGUUGAACAAACCUCCCAAACCAAAAAAAAAAAAAGGUCAAUUGACGCGCAAACAUGGCUGCCAGAAGAGCUUUGACUAUCGGCCUCAUCCCCGGUGAUGGCAUCGGCAAGGAGGUCAUCCCCGCUGGUCGCCGUGUCCUCGAGGCCCUUCCUGCCUCUCUGGGCCUGAAGUUCGACUUUGUCGACCUCAACGCCGGCUGGGAGACCUUUGAGAAGACCGGCGUUGCUCUGCCCGAAGAGACCGUCCAGACUCUCCAGAGCUGCAAUGGCGGUCUUUUCGGUGCUGUUAGCUCCCCCACCACCGCCGUCAAGGGGUACUCCUCCCCCAUUGUCGCCCUCCGCAAAAGACUGGCCCUCUACGCCAACGUCCGCCCCGUCAAGACGGUCGCUACCGCCAAGAAGCCCAUCGACAUGGUCAUCGUCCGUGAGAACACCGAGGACCUCUACGUCAAGGAGGAGAAGACCUACGAGACCCCCGAGGGCAAGGUCGCCGAGGCGAUCAAGCGCAUCUCCGAGAAGGCCAGCACCAACAUCGCCGCCAUGGCCGGUGAGAUUGCCCUGCGCCGGCAAAAGAUCCGGGCGAGCGGAGCCCCCAGCAUCCACAAGGGCCCUCUCGUGACGGUGACUCACAAGUCCAACGUCCUGUCACAGACCGACGGCCUCUUCCGCACCGCCUCCAAGGCUGCCCUUGCCGACCCCAAGUUCAGCUCUGUCAAGGUUGAGGAGCAGAUUGUUGACUCGAUGGUCUACAAGCUCUUCCGCCAGCCUGAGGCGUAUGAUGUCAUUGUUGCUCCUAACCUCUACGGCGACAUCUUGUCUGAUGGUGCCGCUGCUCUUGUUGGCUCGCUUGGUCUCGUUCCCAGCGCCAACGUUGGCAAGACUUUUGCUCUUGGUGAGCCCUGCCACGGCAGCGCGCCUGAUAUCCAGGGCCAGGGGAUCUCCAACCCUAUUGCUACUAUCCGUAGCGCUGCGCUCAUGCUGGAGUUCCUUGAUGAGGAGGAGGCUGCUGCCAAGAUCUACGCUGCUGUGGAUGCUAACUUGGAGGAGGGCAAGUACGUCAGCCCCGACUUGGGCGGCACUGCCAAGACUGAGGAGGUCUUGCAGGAUAUCCUUAGACGUCUUUAAGUGAUGAUGGGUUUGGGAGGGAGACGUCGAGAGGAAUAAUGAGUGGACAUGUUUCACAUAUAUACCCCAUUUUUCAUGUAGACAUGUUACACAGGAAACGUUAUCAAAAAUCAGGGGAGAUGGGAUGGUCUCUGGAAUAGAUAAAAUAAAAGCAGGAGCUGUGUUGAGGGCGGUAAUGAAGCUAUUAUGAGAACUCGGGUGUUGUUGCCAUAUUGUCACAAGGAUAACCCGGGAAUU